GCCGCGCAGGGAGGAUCCCGGGACGCGCCGCAGCCAUCGCUCGGCACCGCCCGGCGCGGGCAGCGCGCCGGCCCGCCGGGAUGGCCGCCCGCAUCCUGCACCGCCUGCGGCACGCGCUGUCCGGGGAGGGUGGCCGGGAGGAGCGGGCGUGCGGCAGCGCUGAGGCCGAGGACUGCCCGGAGAGCUCGGAGCUGGAGGAUGACACCGAGGGGCUAUCGACGCGCCUCAGCGGCACCCUGAGCUUCACCAGCCACGAGGAGGAGGAGGACGAGGAGGAGGAGGAGGAGGGUGCAGGAGAGGAGCUGGGGCAGCCGCUGCAGCCGGCGGCAGCGGGUGCCGAGGACGGAGAGUGGGGCCCUGCGGCCGAGCGUGCCGGCGGCAGCAGCCUCCUGACCCGGCAGCUGCAGGAGCUGUGGCGCAGGUCCCGGGGCAGCCUGGCACCGCAGCGCCUGCUCUUCGAGGUCACCAGCGCCAGCGUGGUCAGCGAGCGCUCCUCCAAGUACGUGCUCUACACCAUCUACCUGAUCCGCUCCGGCCGGUUUGACAAGGCCCCCGCCGCCAUUGCUCGGCGCUACUCGGACUUUGAGCGGCUCAACCACCGCCUGCGCUGCCGCUUUGGCUGCGACAUGGCCGGCAUCGCCUUCCCCAGGAAGAGGCUGCGCCAGAACUUCACCGCUGAGACCAUCGCCAAGCGGAGCCGAGCCUUCGAGCAGUUCCUGUCCCACCUGCACUCCAUCGCCGAGAUCCGCCGCUCCCCUGAGUUCCUCGAGUUCUUCUUCCUGCAGGACCUGCAGGCUGCGCAGCGCCUCACCUGCACCGGCAUGUACCGCGAGGCCCUGGCUACCUGGGCCAAUGCCUACCGGCUGCAGGACCGGCUCGGGGCCUGCAGCUCCAGCCGCUUCCUGCUGACGCUGGCCGGGCUCGCCGUCUGCCACCAGGAGCUGGACGAGCUCGGCGAGGCCCACGGGUGCUGCGAGCAGGCGCUGCAGCUGCUGGAGGCUCAGGGCAGCCACCCCCUCCUGGGGCCCUUCCUGCAGGCGCACGUCCACCUCGCCUGGAAGGUGGGCAAGGACAAGCGGCGCUCGGAGGCCCGGCUGCAGGACCUGCGGGAGGCCGGGCCACCCCUGCAGCAGCAGCCCACCCUCAAGGAGUGCCUCAUCAAGGAGCCUCUGGAGUGAGCAUCCCACCGGUGCCGUGGUGAAUGGAGGGACGGGGAGCAGUGAGGCUGCUGGCACCGGUGGGCCAGGGCAGGGAGGCAGCGCUGUGGUCCCGCAGCAGCACAGCCCAUGCCUGGGAGCUCCCAAAAAAGCACUUUCUCUGUGGUUCAUCCGCCCCAUCCCAUGGGGCCGGGCACUCACCAACGCCCCGGCACUGCCGGGAGCUGGCUCGAGGGGCUUCGGGGACGGACGAGACCUCAGCUGGGUCUUACUGGCACUGCAGAAGGGAGCGGGAAGGCGUCUGCAAAGUCCAGGGCUCUCGCCAAGAGCUUCCCAUAAAACUCGCGUAAGGACUUUAUUAAAUAAAGCCUCAGUAGGAAGCAGAGCAAAGCGGCCGU